AUGAUCGGUGGCGACGAUGGAGAAACCAAAUUCUACGAAGACUUGCAGGCCUUUCUGGCGAGUGAACCGAAAGCGGAAAAGCUGGUUGCCCUUGGUGACUUCAAUGUCCGGGUCGAAACAAAAUACGCAGCCUGGAUUGGAGUGCUGAGUCUCGACAGAAUCGGCAGCUGCAACGACAGCGGCCUCCUCCUGCGAACCUACGCGAAGUACCGUCUCCUCUGGACCAGCGUGUUUUUUUCGCCUGUCAGCGCGGAAGAAGACGAAGAUACGACCAUGAUCGCGGCACUGGAAGCUGCCAAAAUACGUUCUUGUCCGGAGGUGAGAUCGACAGGACGUGCUGGUGACCAGGGCAAACUGUUAGGCCGAUGGCUCGACCUACCACCUCUUCGUCAUCUCCAAGACGAGGUACCAUCUGAAAUCUUCCAGCAGGAAACAGGGGAAGAGAUUACCAAAUAA